CGACAGACUAGCAGCCAAGUAAGAAAUCCCCCUCUCUAAUGCGUGCUGUUUAUGCACUCCUUCCCCUCCUUUCCUCCUCAAUCAUAACUCAUCAUUCCUGCUUUCUUCCAUUCAUGAUUCGCCAGUCGCCACCCCCUGAAUUCAUUUCUCUGUCCACGUAUAUAUAUGUAUAAAUGCUCUAUACAAUAUAUAUUUCAUCAUACUUAUAAUAACUGUGUCUGUAUUCUCUCCCACCUCCAUAUAAAUAUGAUUGGCCCUCCUAAGGCAAGCUUUUUCCUUGGACAGUUGUUAUCUACCUAAAACAGAAUCUUCUCCUCAAUUCUUCUUUCUUUCUUUUUCUUUCUUUCUUUUCGGGUGAGCAGGUCACCCACAGACUGAUAGCUGAUUUCUUCAAGAACAAAAGAAGAAAAAGAAAAAAAAAAGGGUUCUUUUUCUUCUUUCGUUUUUACCUAUCGGGUGAUAUGGAAGGAGGGUGUUGUUCAAGCACAGAGAAAAGAAAGGAAAGGGAAAAUCAUCACCAACAGGAGAAACCCUACAGAGGAAUAAGGAUGAGAAAGUGGGGUAAAUGGGUGGCUGAGAUUAGGGAGCCUAACAAGAGGUCAAGGAUAUGGCUUGGCUCCUACUCUUCUCCGGUGGCAGCGGCGCGGGCUUACGACACCGCCGUCUUCUACCUUAGAGGCCCUUCUGCGAGGCUUAACUUCCCUGAAUGCAUAGUUGAAGAUGAUGAGCUGCAUGACUUGUCUGCGGCUGCUAUUAGAAAGAGAGCUACUGAGGUCGGAGCCAGAGUUGAUGCGCUUCAACAAACUGCAGUGCAUGCUUCUUCGACAAAAUCCAAUUCUACUCCUCCUCGCCUGGAGAAGCCUGACUUGAAUGAAUAUCCUAGCCCGGAAACUUCUGACGACAACUGAAAAACGAUGUCGAGGACAACUACUUUGAUGACUUUUCUGUUUUCUUGGCGACAAGCAAGAUGAUCAGGAACUAGAGAUGACCUCCGAAGGGAGACAUAGAGCUGUAACGGGGCAAAAAGACGAUGGACUAAAAGAGAGUAUGCUAUAUUCUUGGAGGGUAGUGCGUGUAGCUUAUGAUUUCGCGGCUGUUAGUGAAAAGAUUUCUCAUUGGAAUCGAUGUUUUGAGAUGUAUAAUCCAAAGGGAUUAUAUGUUGCUUAAAUUCUAUUACAUAUAGUUGUGAAAUUUUAUGAGGAUUAAAGAUGAUAAACCAUCUAUAUAGCCUUAAGUCCUGAAUGAAUCAUUUCCUAAUUAA